AUGUAUUCGCUCACGCCACUGCGUUCGGAUCGGUCGCCGUUCGCACGCUUCACACCCACAUCAAUUUCAAGAAGCGGGGAAAAACCAACAACACAUGACUGUCAAGGAAAAUAAAAACAUAAAUCGAAAGAACGGUAGUUUGUUUCUACAGCGAAUCGUUUUGUUAUAAUAGCAAAGAUGAGUCGUUUUCGUAAAUAUCCUAAAGUAGUGAUAACAGUGUUAUAAAUGUUGGUGAUUUGUGUUUUGUGAGCAUCGCGAUGUGGUAUACACUGGGAUUGUUAGCUCUCCUGACUAGCGUUGAAGCUGGGCUAGUACCUCGGUUUCUUCGGGACACUAUCCAGUAUCCUGUUUGCCACCCGUCUUCCGUCCGGUGUAAUAAGAGAGAUUUGCCGUAUCAACAUAUAUAUAAAGUAAAUGGUCAUGAGAUAAUUAUAGAUUUUCGGGAUGGAAGUUAUUUCAAAUUACGAUGCGACAGCGACAGAAAAUAUCCUUCAAUGUUUCUGGAUGACCCCGACAUGCCGAGUUUCUCUGGGCCAGUGACAGUAGAAGUAGCAGUAUUCAACCAGUGCCUAAUACCGAAAAAAUCAUACUACGCUACUCUAAAAGCAUUCAAUGUCACUGUUACAAAAACACUGAAGCUGAUAUUGCCCGCAAAUUCUAAGCUGGUCCAUCACUUACGCGGUCUGGAAAUCAGCAACCUCGAAAUAAGAGCUGCACAAUAUAUAAAACCGGCGCGCACUUCUUUUGACUUUCUAGACCAGGUACCAGGAAUACGGACAUUGAAGCUUACUGAUAUUAUUCCGGAGCCAGAAGCUCUGAAUCGGUUGCCUACCUCGCUUGAGAUUCUAAAUAUUGUGAACGCGAGGUUGCCUGUUGCAGAACGCGCGCUUCGGAAUGCCAACGAUGGUACCCAACAUUGGCUAGAGCGCCUAAACUCACUGAAAUCUUUACUUUUAUCAGACUCAUCAGCCAUUGUAGCAGAGUAUCCAGAUGAAAUACUCACACUGCCGCAAUUAUCCUCGCUGACUAACCUCACCACCAUAAGUCUACAAUAUAUGCCGUUGGAAUCAGAGAGUAUUUCUAAUUGGCUUAGGAGCUCGAGUCUAAAAAAACUUACGUUGCAAUCUUGUGGACUGACCACUCUACCAAGAUCCAUGUUUAUGGGUGCAAAUCUAACUAAAAUUACGCUCGCGUACAACAAACUCUCAUCUUUACCAUUAGGGCUAUUCACUCCGCUAAAAGACAGCUUGCAAGAACUUGACUUGUCGCAUAACAUGCUGAACAAAUUGACGGUCGUGAAUUCAGUUGAACAGUUGAAGAAGCUGGUGAUAUUGAAGGUUAAUAAUAACCCUUUGGGAUCACUGUGUGGAAGUUAUGACAACUCAAUAAAAUAUGCGAAACCCUCAGAGUUGCCCUCGUCGCUGCAUCGGCUUGAGCUGAAGAACACAAACGCUACUCGUAUCUGCACUGAUUGGAUCAGUAACUACGCACUUAUGGACAUCGACCUUAGUCACAAUAAAAUUACUGAAAUCACGUACAGCGACUUGGAGAUGAAAAGAACGGAACGCGGCACUGUACGUCUCAAUUUAACAAAGAACAAUUUGAAAAUUAAUGUUUCGCGCACCGAUCAUCAGAAAUGUCAACAAGGAUUGUCAUCUACAACGGACGAUCCCAGAAAAAUGAGGCGCACACCAGUCGAGCUAGAACUUGAUAAGUUGUCGUGUGGCUGCAAUGCGUACUGGCUACGCGAGGUUUUGCGAAGCUGUCCGCUUCUAAAGCUAAAGGAAGACGUCGAAUGUUUGCCAGAGCCCACACUGCUUCAUACUAAGCUACUUCAAUAUCGUCCUGAUGAAAUUUCUUGUCCGUACACCGGGUAUUGCUUACCAGAGUGUUCGUGCAAGAAUCGACCGCGCGACAACGCAACAGUAGUGUUCUGCACCGGUGCUCUGCCGUCAGAUCCUCACUGGCCACUGGCUAAUAAGGACUACCCUUUGGCCUUGCAUGUAGCUCCCGGAACGCUGGCCGUCGUACCAAACAGAACGCUUGUGGAGUUGCACGCACCCAACAACAAUAUAACCAAGCUGGUCGAUGAAGAUAUAACCGAUACCUUACGAGUGCUGGAUGUGCGUAACAACAAUAUUUCGCAUAUCCCACUGAAUGUAGCGAAGCGUCUCGCCCAAAUUGAGAACGUCAUAGUGAAACUCGCCGGAAACCCUCUUGUCUGCGAAUGUUCCGACGCGUCUGCUUUCAGUUAUCUGAAUUUGGUGGGAGGAGAUUGGAAUGAAACACAAUGCGUCGACAUGAGUUUAGCUUCUGGAAAGACCGUACGUCAUCUGUGUCCUGGUCCACUUCCAGUAGUAUUGAGCGUUGUCUUACCAUUACUACAGAUAGCGGUCGUAGGCCUAACAGUUUACCUUCUGUUACCACGAAUUAAGCAAUUCAUGUUCAGGCAUGAUCUGUUGACCAACUGGGUUCUUAGAGAGUGUGAUGAUACCAAUGAUAAGGACAAAUCAGUUGAUGCAUUCCUUUCAUAUGCCGCAGCUGAUCUGAAACUGCUUCAAAAACUAAAAUUGGGUUAGAAAAGCUUGGGUAUUCUACAUUAGAACAUCUAGCUGAUUGGCAGGCGGGUGACUCAGUGUUAGAACAGAUAGCGACAUCGGUGAUGAAAGCCCGUCGUACAGUUCUCCUUGUCACCGAUAACUUUGCUGAAUCUGAAUGGACCCCGUUGGAGUUUCGUAUUGCGCACGGACAUGCACUGGAGACUCGAACUAAGCGUGUGCUGGUCAUUUAUUGCGGGUUGAAAAAUCGGAAUAAGUUACCAUUGGAUUUACAAAUUUAUAUAGAAAACCAUACUUACUUAGAAUUGAAUGACCCCAAAUUUUGGCAUAAGCUGCGUCGGUUCAUGCCGCCGCAGCAUCAAGAAUUUGUGCAAUCGAGACCUGAAGACUUAGAUCUACUUUCACCUUUAAUACAGCAAAAUUAUCCGCUUCUUAAGGAAACCCAGAAGCUUCAACUAACGGUACCGCUACUCUCUAUUAAUACAGUCCCAUCCGCCUGUUGAGCUCUAGCAGGCGUAGGUAUAUUUUCAAAUUAUUGUUGCAAGAUCAAGAGCAUGACAGAGAGAUUUUUCCACAUCUACAACUAAAGGCCGUCACUAUUGCGGGUAAUUUUGAAGGUGAAUAUCAUAAUUAUUUCAUAAUACCUACUCAUUUCUAUGUCCAGUGCGUAGAAAUAUUUUUAUACGUUUUAUAUCGACCAAAAAUCUUAAUGCUAACUUAAUAUUAUUAUGCCUGUCUGUCUUCAAUGUUUUCCGUACCUCAAAAUGGAAAAACGGAACCCUUAUAUGAUCACUCCUGUGUCUGUCCAUCCGUUGUUUUUUAUAUAUGCGACGCGUCCAUUAAGUUGAACCAUUUUAACAUAUGAAAUAUCACAAAAAAAAUCAUCCAACCUAGCUGCAGCAUAUUAAAUUUGGUCUAUAGAGAUAAGAUUAUAGAGCUUAUUGGGAAGGAGAGUCCUAAAUGGUACAUUCCACGACUCUACUCGUUCAGCACAGACUCUGUCUAUAAUUACGGUAAUAAUAUAGGUAUUUCGUGAUAUUUUUUUUACAUAGCAGCCAAAUGAGAUUCAAAGGAACUUUUUGUCAUAAGAACUAAUACAUAGUUGACGGGAAAUGACAACGAACACAAACAAUGAACUGCGAAAAUGAAUUUUUACAAAUAUUAAGGUUACAUAAUUAUUAUAUUUUUUACAAAAACGUCAGCACACAAUGCUACAUAUUUAAGCUUAAACCAAAUUUGGAAUUUUCGUCUGGAAUAGUUAAUAUACAUGUCAUAAUUAUCCGGACGGAUAGUAAUUGUUCCACUUUUGAAUUUAUUUUGAGAUUAAAAAUGUAUAUUGUGUAAGG